AUCAUUACAGUCAAUAUCACAGUACCGAUCCCUACUCCAGCGUCUUCACUUAUCAGUGAUGACAAGUGUCCUGCAUAGAUGAAGAAAAUUUUAAACAAGUGCAAUAUAAGAAUUAUAGCAAAAGAAGCGAACUCCAUCGACAUAAAAACUUAGAUGAUUAUGCAAGGCAUCGGAUUGGUCAUGACAGCCUUGGUCCUCGCAACGCUCGUUAUUGCGGAAAAUGGUUUCACCGUCGGUCGCAGGAUUCCUGGUGACGACGAGAUCGAUAUCAAAACGGAAAGGGCCCGAGGUCCACCCGAUUACGCACUCAGCUACUACAAAACCUACGUCGGUGACAAUUAUCGGGUGAUUACUCAAGUAGUGAUCGAGGAAGUUGCUAAUAGUGGAACAUACACGGCGAUUAUCGCUGGAGGCCCUGGACACACUUACGUCACCCUUGCUUAUGUUGUACCUCGAUAUGUCGAGAUGAAUUAUAGAGUGUCUAUAUAUGGAAAAACUCCUGCAUUCCGAAAAAUUCUCUAAAUUGGGUAAUCGCUUGAAUG